CAAAAUGUUUCACUACACAACACUUAAAGCUUGGCGUUACUGGGUAUGACCUUGCAGUUUUCAGAUUGACUUUUGGCCAAUGACAACGGUCAAAACAAACCUUAAAUCUUAGCGAUUUAUAACACAAAUGUCUGAAAUUGCGACGCAUCGAACGCCAAUUAGCAUUUUACAAGAAGUGUGCGUGAAGAAAGGAAUAACUCCUAUCUACGAACUUGUGUCAAAUGAAGGACCGGUCCAUGAGCCACUUUAUGUAUUUUUAUGCACAGCCGGUCCAUUCAGUGCCACCUCUAAAGGAGCGAGUAAGAAGAGAGCCAAACAUCAAGCAUCAUACUUAAUUUUGCUAAAGAUGCUGAACAGUAGGCUAUUGACAGAGUCGGAAAAAUACACUCUGCAAGAUAUACAUAUUGCCGCAGUCAACGUUCUAGGGUCUGACUUUAUGGAUUCACUUGAUGAUAUAGAACUGGAUGGUCUACCAAAUAAAAUAAAACAAGAAGGGGAAGGUAACUUUGUUGGACGGCUACAAGAUUUGUGUCAGAAAAAUACCUGGCCACCACCAUCCUAUGAAUUCUUAACUAUACCUCAGUCUACCCCAUCGGGCAAUGAAUACAGUUGCAAAGUUAGGCUGUGGAAAUGGACUCAUACAGGAUUUGGGAAUUCUAAAAAAUCUGCAAAGCGACGCGCAGCCCUUGGACUUUUAGAUAAUAUUAUCAAAAAUAAUCUGACUAUACCUCAAGAGGCUUUGGAUGAUAUGGAAGAAGAAACCCUUUCUUUACUUGAUAAACAGGACCAGUCUAAUCUGAAGGAAAAUAAAUUUGAAAAUGAGGCAACUGCUCGUACUUCUUCCAAAGCUCUUCGUGGUUUAUGGAAUAGGAAAGGUGGUAAAAUACGAGUUCCACCUAUUGAUAAUCCUGAUAAGAUGAAUAAUGCAUGUGAAUAUCUUCAAGAGAUUUGCGAUUGUGCAAAAAUUACUGUUGUAUAUACAUACGUUCCUGCAAACAGUCAGGGGAUGAUCUGCUGUUUUGCGGAACUUACCACGCUACCACCACAUGUUAUCAAAAGUCGGUUGUCACCAAACCUGAUCAGAUCAACUCGGGAGACAUAUUAGGUGAGUUCAAAAGUGAAGGACCAACAGAAUACCCAUGACAAAUGUUUCCACACUGAGUCAUCAACUUUUGGAACAUUUAUUUGACUUAUUCAGUCGAAGACUAGAAACUAACAGAAAUUUAUUAGAAAAGGACAAACACAGGUCGUCAGUCUUCUGUACUCAAUACAUGACUAGCAUUACCUUGUAAUCUAUCCGAAAUUUCUUAUAAAGGACAAAAUAUUCUUAAUUGGUUUAGUUUACAGAGAUAGUUAUCAUAUCAUUGUCAAACACGGGGUUAAGGCUCACCUUAUACUCAGUAAUACAUAACAUCAUCUACAUACGCCUAUAGGAUCUGCGAACAUUUUGGUUCAAAAGGGACUUUGGUAAAAAGACAUUAUUAAACUAAAUCGGUGGAGUUCGAACUCAAAUUCCUUUCCUCAAUAUCAAAAAUACUCACCAG